AUGGCCGACCAGACUGCUCGAAGUCGCAUGCCUCUAAAGGGACAGAAGCCCUCUCGCCUUCGUCAUGAAAUCCGAACAGACUCAGCCGACGACAGGGGAGAAAGCCAUAACCCUGCUGUUCAAGAGCCGCACAGCGACGUGGUCAUCCCCGAUACCCAAUUCGACUCCAGCAGAUAUGCCAAGGAAUCUUUGGCAAGCCAUGACCCCACAUCCGAUUUGCCCGAUAUCCCCUUGAGUCCGAAUUCGCUAGCCACCCUUAAUCGCUUCGGAGCGUCGAAAAAGACAAGCGUUUUGGACUCCGAUCUAGUUAUUUUCAAGACUUUCACAAAGAACCCUCUUGAAAUUGAGAACAACCCUCCACUCGCCGGUGCGGCAGCUGUCCCUUUACAAGGAGGCACAGCCCUAGCAAAAGGUGUGCAGGAUAACGCACGAGCCCAAGCACUGGAAUUGCAUAGUUCAUUGCCUAAACUUCUAACGACCUGCUCCCUUGAUAACGAACCCGAAACCACACAGAGGAGAAUAACACUUCCCUUUUCACCUCUGUCACCUACAGAUAUCAAAACAAGGGGCCCACCAAAGAGCAAUGCCGGUCUCAAGAAAUACAAGGAGCACUCGAAGAAAUCGCCAACCCAACAAGUAUGUGGAUCAUGGCCUCUUCUACAAAACCAAUCUUCUGGCCAUAUCCAGAAAUUCAGCAACACCGGUGGAGCUGUACCUAAUAGAUUUACCCAGCUACCCGACCUUUCUUCGGUCCAGACACACAAUAGCCAGCCCCAAGUUCUUUGCGAAGUUAAUGCGGAGUUUCCACUUGUCACUAGUUAUCACAAGAAACUUGCGCCCGGCUGUCAAACUUAUGAAGCAUAUGCCCAGAAAGAAACUCAUACUGAGCUUGGUACAGUAGCAUACGAUGAAAAGACAGGUGUGCCUCGAAGCAUGCCUCUGGGUCUCUCGGAUACAUCGGCGCAACCCGCCCUUCCAACUUCUGCUUUGCAGCCCUCGUCUCUUGUCAGUAGACAGCUCCUUGUCACCGAAGCAGGCGAGCAAUCCCUACCAGCAAGCCAUGAUGAGGCCAAAGGGUCUCAGUGCAAUAUGGGCAGUGCUAACCACCAAGAUCCUAUUUCAUCUGAAAAGGCCCAUGAUGAUACUGUACCAAAUUCCAGUGAACGCAGAAGCGAUCACCACGAGUGUCAGUCUCAAAUGUAUCCAAGUCACAACACUAAACCACCUAUUGCACGAACUGUGACAUCUAAGGAUGUAUCGCAUGGGACUUCGAGCCGAGGAAGAUCAGAUCACGUAACCAAGCCACGAGGCAAUCUACGUGGAGACAGCAAAUCUACAUCCAAAUUCUUCAGAGCAUCCACGUCACCUGCUAUCGAACGCUCGGUUGAGGACUUGAGACUGGCGCUCUUGGCAGAAAGCUUCCGAAAGCAUCAUGAGUACACCACACAACUGGAAAAUAGCCAAGAGCAGAUCACCACACUUCUCCAACAAGUUAAUCGCCAGAAAGAGAUAAUUGCAGAUUACAUGAAUCAGCAAGAUAAGCAGAAGAAGACAUUGAGUAGUUUGACUAGCAAAGCGAAAACUAACCAAAAGUUCUUGGAAGGCCUCCGGAAUGACUACGAAAAGCUAAAAAAACUGGCCACAAUGACUGAGGAACACAACAAGAAGAUCUUGCAGGCAAAGAUUACCGAAAUCGAAGAGGAGAGACAGGAUAUUGUGAAAGAGUUUGAAACGACCACUUACAAACUCUCAAACAGUCAGAGGAAAAUGAGGGCGGUGGCUAAUGAGCUCCAUAUACAACUUGCUGUGGCCAAUUCGGUGAACAAAACCUUGACCGAAAGAUUGAACAAACUGGAAGUAGAGUAUACAAGCGAAAGGGACAAGCGAGAAAAGAUCGAGAACGAAGUCUUCCAUCGAGUUCAAAGCCUGCAACGCCAGUUCAACAGCGGCUCGAAUCUCGUAGCGAAGAAACUAGAGCUGUUCCAAAAUUCGAUCGAGAAGGCUGCCGAGCACAAUCCCCAAAACCUCAAAAUUGAAGAAUGCCUCAAGAUACUAAACAACCUACAAAAGGAGUCUAUCUUGACGUUGGAAGACACCCAUAAAGCAGAGGGAAUGUUGCGCUUCGUCCAAGAACUCAUCGAGUCUGGUCUUGAAGACUUUUCACAAGCGUUUGUUCGCAGUGCCCCAUCCAAUACAAAUUUUCACGCAUCGAUAAAAGAACAGCUAGAUGAUUUGCGAACAAACAUGAUGAGAUAUGAAGAGAUCGCUGCCGAGAAUCGUAAGAUCAAUGACUCAAAUACGGCAAUCACGAAGCAGUUGAUAGCCCAGCAGCAUGAAUGCUCUCGCCUCAGCAAACGAGUUGAACAUCUACAGCAGGUUGAGAUAGAUCUGAAGCAACAUUCUCGCGAACUGGAGUGUGACCUAAAUGAUUUGAAGAUGGCAACUGACUCAUCUCGCUUGGAGUUGUCAGCAUCUGAAAAGCUCAACCAUGACUUGCGCCAACGGCUCAAAGAAGUUGAAAAUGAACUAAGGUCAGCCAGCAAAAAGAUUGAUAACGGAGAACAAUUGCGACAGGAUCUUCAGAAGGAAGCAACUGAGUACAAGAAACGUUUCGAGGCUGCGCAAAAAGAGAGAACAAAAGCGGUUCAGGAGCAUGUGGACGAGAAGCAGAAUGCUGCAAUAAUCCGUGACUCAAUCUUGAAGGAAUACGAACUCAAGCUGGUUGAAAAAGAACACGAAUAUAUAUGUGAAAUCAACCGACUCCAGCUCAACGUUAGCGAGAAAGAGAUGUUUCACCGCAACCUGAAUGAAAGGCUUAGCACUGCAAACGAGCAGCUUGUGGAGCUUAAGAAGGAGCUUAAGGGUCAGCAUUAUGAAAAGACUGAAUUGCAAGUUCAAUUAUCGCAACAGCAGUCUGACAUGAAGGUCCUGCGUCAAGAGACAGAUGAUCGAAUCUCUCAAAGUGGACGAGACGCUCAGAAUGAACUGCAAUCGAGCCAGGACAAGAUCAAGGCACUAGAGGGAGAAAACCAAACCCUCCUUUCCAGGCUAGAGAAAGCUCGCGUAGGUGAGGAGAGAGCGAAGGAAGUCGAAACGUCUUUGCACGCUGAGAAGACUUGUAUACAAGAAGAAUUGUGCAACCUACACUCUGUGCUCGAAGACAAGAACAAGGAGAUGACACAGAUACGAAAAGAAGCUGCAGAUGAAAACCGAAAGCUUAUUGAAGCACAUAGCAAUGAUGUUCAAGAUUAUAGGCGCCGCUUGGCUGAAACGAACGCUAUUUUGAAAGAAGUUGAGGCGAAGUGUAUGUUAUUGGAAGCCCAAUAUCAGAAUCAGAUUGCGGAGGAACGAAAGACAGCUGAGUCCAAGUUGCUCGCACUAGAAAAGGAAUGCAGCAAUGCGCUCCAAGAAGCCAAAGAUCAGAGUACGCCGAGCCAAUCGCAUAGCAUUUAUGACACGACUCCAAGCCUGUUCAACGCCCAAUCUGACCAGAAUAUACCUAUCACCAAACCUCGAAAGAAGGUGAAUCGGGAUAAUCGGUCGGUAAUAGAGUCUACCCAGGAGCGGACUGGUGGCCUCCAGUUUCCGUCACCUGUCCGUGCCGAGGUUUCACAAGCCCAAUUUAUUGACCCAGAUCUAUUUUCGGCUCUUCUUGAUGAAUUUGACGGUGUCCAGUCAGACGCAAUCAAUGGCAGUUCAAUCUUCAAUCAUGGCUCCAAUGUAGUCUCAGGAACCCAGGAUCUAGGAGAUUCGACACUUUCACAAAUGCUUUUCUCAGAAAGCGCUGUUCAAGCUACACCACAAGAUAACUCGCAUCGUUCUUUAAGCUCAACCGAGCUAACCAACAUAGCAUCAGACGAGCUGACACAAAUGCAGAGAGAAGUGGAGUCUCUCUCAAGACCCAAAGUCCACAGGCAGGGUUCCAACUCAAAUAAGCCUGGGAAGUCUCUGGAUACCCGAAAAGUGAACUCAAUCCAUAUGGACAGAGCCCCCACGAAGAGCUCUCAUUCAUCCUCAUCGCAAGAACGACCCAGGUCACGAGCCAAUACAUCAUCUCGGAUGAUGCCUCGGGGCAGUUCCUCUCAACAAAUCCAAACCCCACCUAGGUCUCGAAUUAUUCGAAUCAAGCUACCUAAUCAUUACAAAAGGUUCGACGACAACCUCGAAAAUCUCAGCGGCAGCGGUCCUCCUGAUACGCGCAAACGUGAUAGAAGCCAGACUGAAAGGGAUUUGACCUCGAAGAGGCAACGUGGAUUACCCGCAGCUAGAUCCGGAGCCUCUUCUUCUGACUCCCGGGAACACUCUCCGCGUUCUUUUAGUCAGUAUGUUGCGGACUUGGGUUCAUUCGAGAGAGAUGUGCCAUAUACAAACUGCACUCCCUCAAAAUCGUCCCGUCCAAGGUCCCAGGAAUAUUCUUUUGAGACUCAAAGUCGUACUCGCAGCAAGGUUUCUCCAGAUAAGGCUCAUACAUCCCGUAGACAAGCAUCUUCCAAGCCAUAUACUGCUCUACCCACGCGUCACUUUUGUCGAGUCACACGUAGUAAGAGUGAGCACAGCGUAUUCGGAGACCUUCAGUGUUUCAUGGAUACUAAUUUGAAGGUGUAG